AUGCGCUGCACCGUGAUUCAGGCGCCUGAGGCAGCCUGCCUGUCCUCCCCGAAGGCUCCCCUCCUUCACCAGAUGCUGGGCCCUGUCACAUUAGCGGGUCCUAGGAAUGUGCAUCUGUUCAACUUGGAUCUGAACGACUGGGGCCCGAAAUGUAGGAAGCCUGGGUUCUUGCAUGCUGCACCCUCAGCUAAAAAGGGGCUCAUCUUCCUCUUCACCUUCACAAAGAUAGAGAGCACCUCGAGAGCAAGGGUUGUAACCUCAACGCCCGGCAUGGUGCCAGGCACACGGCUGGGGCUCAGAACGGCCGUGGUGGCCACGACAGAGCUCACCGUCUGCCCAGACGUGGGUGCGUUUUUUGAAGAGGGGAUGUGGCUGCGGUAUAACUUCCAAGCCCCCGGGAUCGGGGCCCGGGAGUCGGGCGGCAGAUCGGAGAACUCCCCGGACCCCCAGAACGGAGCCGCGGACCUGGCGGGCGAGGAGAUCCGCUUCAGCUUCAGCACCACCAAGGCGCCCUGCAUCCUCCUCUACGUCAGCUCCUUCACCACCGACUUCCUGGCGGCGCUCGUCAAACCCACCGGAAGCCUCCAGAUCCGGUACAACCUGGGUGGCACCCGGGAGCCCUAUGACAUUGAUGUGGACCACCGGAGCGCAGCCAACGGCCAGCCCCACAGCGUUAACAUCACCCGCCGUGAGAGGACCGUCACUCUCAAGCUGGAUCACUAUCCUUCUGUGAGUUACCACCUGCCAAGUUCAUCUGACACGCUCUUCAAUUCUCCCAAGUCGCUCUUCCUAGGAAAAGUCAUCG